CGAGGCGGGAGGCGGCGGGGCUCGCCCCGUGCUGCUCAGAAGGACUUUUAUCCGUGCGGCCGGGGCUUGGAUGUGGGCGCCGAGGGUCUGCGCACCGCAGCGGGCACCGCUCGGGCUGCGCUGCGGGUCGCUGCCUGCGGCACCGCGGCUCAGUGAGUUGUACACCAUUUCUGCAAAGAUGCCUCAUCUUUCCAUCUGCAUAUCUGGAGUUGUGUUUUCCCUUCACUGGUCUUGUCCAUAACUACUAAAGAAUUCUUGGGACUGAAUGCUGGAACGGAUGAGCUAAAUUCUUCUUGAAUGUUCUUCAUCAAAUGUAGACGUACUGGACUUUCUGGAUGUGCAUAAAGACACAAAGCAGGAUUCCUGCCAUCGUUUUGCAAACUCACAGGUUGCGAUACUGAAUGACUAGCUAACUUCAGUUCCAGAUGCAACCAGAGCUAUCACAAAGAUGUUGCACUGCCUAGAGGAAGGUGGCUCCUGGAGAAGAGCAGUUGGCUGAGAUUGAACUUGGGUGAGAUCCAGACAAUACUGGUUGCAAGAGAGAAAUGAUCCAGACAGCCAGUUGAGCAACGUUCCUAGACUGAAGAAGUCCUGAAGAUUGAUGGAGGGCCAUGCUAUUCAAACAGCAGGCGUUGCUGAGACAGAAGCUCUUUGUACUAGGCAGCCUUGCUAUUGGAAGUCUCCUAUAUCUAGUUGCCAGAGUUGGGAGCUUGGAUAGACUGCAGCCUCUCUGCCCCAUUGAUGGUCGAUUUGGACCCCGCAGCCAGGACGAAAUCCCAUUGCGAGCUCUGCAGUUCAAGCGAGGGCUGCUUCACGAGUUCCGAAAGGGCAAUGCCACCAAGGAACAAAUACGACUGCACAAUCUGGUUCAGCAGCUUCCGAAGGCUAUUAUCAUUGGGGUGCGGAAAGGAGGCACCCGAGCACUGCUAGAGAUGCUGAACCUUCACCCCUCAGUGGUCAAAGCUUCUCAAGAGAUUCACUUCUUUGACAAUGAUGAGAACUAUGCCAAGGGGAUUGAGUGGUACCGGAAAAAAAUGCCUUUUUCUUACCCUCAUCAAAUAACAAUUGAGAAAAGCCCUGCAUAUUUUAUCACUGAGGAAGUACCUGAAAGGAUUUACAAAAUGAACUCAUCUAUCAAAUUAUUGAUCAUUGUCAGGGAACCUACCACAAGAGCUAUUUCUGAUUACACUCAGGUGCUGGAAGGUAAGGAAAGGAAGAACAAAACUUACUACAAAUUUGAGAAGCUGGCUAUUGAUCCCAAUACCUGCGAAGUGAAUACUAAGUAUAAGGCGGUGAGAACCAGCAUCUACACAAAACAUCUGGAAAGAUGGUUGAAAUACUUCCCAAUCGAGCAGUUUCAUAUCGUAGACGGAGACCGGCUUAUCACGGAACCACUGCCAGAACUCCAGUUGGUCGAGAAGUUCCUAAAUCUUCCUCCAAGGAUAAGUCAGUACAAUUUAUACUUCAAUGCCACCAGAGGGUUUUACUGCUUGCGAUUUAACAUUGUCUUUAACAAGUGCCUGGCGGGUAGCAAGGGACGCAUCCAUCCAGAGGUGGAUACCUCUGUCAUUACCAAAUUGCGCAAGUUCUUUCAUCCUUUUAAUCAAAAAUUUUACCAGAUCACUGGGAGGACAUUUAACUGGCCCUAAACUAAACUUCAUAUAACACUUUCUGUUGCACCUGAGACAUGCAAUAAAUGUCUCUGAUAAAAUAUGCACUUUUCAUAGACAAGGUUAUCAAAGUAACUUUUUUCAUGCAUACAUGUAUAUAUGCAGUGUGUGACCAAAUAUACAAUGAGAUCAAUUUUUUCUACAGAGUAGUAUCUAACAUAAAUUUACUGUCAGCAUAGUUGCAUCUUUUAAGAUAUUAUAAUAAAGGGAAAGGAGGCAUUUAGGAACAUAAAGUCAGACAUCGUUAAAAGGGUCAGUGUUCCUCUCAGUGAGAUGUUUAUGUGACAUCCUUAUUGAUCUAAGCAGAAUAUUAGUUUAUGCCAUAAAAAGUCAUGUCAGAAGUCUGUGAAGCUGUGAGAAAGCAUAAUCUACAAGCUAUAUUUGGUAUGUAUAUUGCUAAAGGAAUACUGACACUUUAAACACAGUGCUGAAUUUUUACAAUGAGAGUGGAUAGUACUAUUUUCUUAUUAUUUGAAAUUAAUAUCUUAUCUCAUACAAACUGCAUUGUUUCAGAGUUCCUGUGGUGAGUUUGCACUAUUGUUUUAUUGUACAGACCAUAGUGUCACUUGUAGCAUGUCAAUCAUGUGUCAAAAAAAGGUCAAAUAAUUUUUUCUUCUAUGCUUGUGUGUUGACAAAGCUAAACAUCAUGUACAUAUUGUACAAUGUUUGUAAAUACUGGUUUCACACUAAGUAAUUCUAUUUUGUAAACUGAAUAUGGCUAUUUAAUUUAUUGUGAAAAUUAAAUUUACUGUGGUAUUUAAAAAUGGAAUGGAUUAAAAUUACCUAUAUGUGCAAUCGCUUUUCACCUUUGCUUGAUGUGUAUCAGUAUGGUCUCUUAGCCCAGACAAAUCACGUGCAAGUGUGUGAGAGAAAGCUGCACCUGUAAACUCGGUUUCUAGACAAUCGAGAAAAAUGAUACAUGUGGUGUGUUGGAGUUUAUUAAAAAACUCAUCCAUCUGGGAAUCUGGUGUAAUACACACUUCAAAGAACAUUAUUGCUGCACUGUUGCAACACUUUACUGUAAUUAAUUCAAUUGCAAUAGCCCAUGAGGCUGAAGAAUGACUGUAAAAGAUGACUGUAACCAGGUGUAUCAGAAAAGCAGAGA